AGUUGCUGUUGGCAAAUUAUGUGAUGUUUCAUUUUCUAUUUUUUAAAUAGGUUUUUACUUCAUUAUGUCUUACAAUGUAUAACGAACUGCUCCCAUAGAAAUAUUUACAGGAUACUUGUUUAUCAUAUCGUAUUGAAAAACGCUUCAAUCAUGGUUCGAACAUUCUCUGUAACCAUAAGUUUACUCUUCCUGUGUUCUCAAGUAUGGGCUUCUGAUGAGGCCAAGGCGGACACAGCUGUUUUGGUGGAUUGCAGUACCCUUCGACCUGGACAAUAUAUCUGUCCGGAUCCCAGUAUAAACCCUAUAGACCCGGAUACACAGCAGUUUAAAGGUUGUGUAAAGGGGAAGGAAAUACCAUCGGAAGGAGAGGCAGAAGUGCAGUGCAUUGCAGCUGAUGGCAUAAUUUGUAAUGAAACCAAGAAUUCUACAUUCAGAAAAAAAUUACCUUGCAAAUGGACGAAUGGCUACUCAUUAGAAAUAGCACUACUACUCUCAGUGUUUCUGGGCAUGUUUGGACUAGACCGUUUCUAUCUUGGCUACCCAGGGAUUGGCCUGGCUAAACUAUGCACAUUGGGCUUUAUGUUUCUUGGACAACUUCUGGAUAUAAUUCUUAUAGCAGCUCAGGUGGUUGGUCCUGCGGACGGUUCUGCAUAUGUUAUACCAUAUUUCGGAGCUGGUGUAUCUGUUGUCAGGAGUGACAAUGAGACGUACCUCCUACCACAGGCUGACUGGCACAACAUCACUUGACAGUGGGGUACCAUCUCCUUCGAAGUUGACGAGGACUAUGAAUGGACAUAAUACAAACCUCACUUUAUGCCAAUGAGUUUGUAACCUUGAAAUGCUACAGAAAUCAUAUGCACUAAAUAAUAAUUGUGUUCAAGUAAUACAGAUACUGAAAGUGUAACUGAUGUGGUUCCUGUAUAUGUGAACAUCUGAUGUGGAUCUUGUGAAUGAACUAUUUACUGGCAUAAUGAAUUAUAAUAACUUGUGAAUAGAUUAAGUCAUAAGUCUGAAUAAUUAUAAGUAAGGAAUAAAUGUUACUGUCGAUGUU